AUGAUCAUUCCAACCUCGUCGUGGCUGACUCGUCUGCUGGUGGAAUCCUGUCACCGUCGGACGCUGCAUGGAGGAGUGCAACUCACCCUGGGGCUGCUUCGACUGCGCUUCUGGAUUCCACGAGGACGCACAGUUGUAAAACAACAACUACAUCGUUGCGUCACCUGCACAAGAUGGCGAGCAACGACGCUUCAGCCACCGAUGGGUAAUCUACCCCGCGAUCGGGUCACUCCGACUCGGCCAUUUCUGCGCACUGGAGUGGACUAUGCAGGACCCAUCCUCAUCCGGACGAGCAAGGGACGAAGACACCGCGCCUAUAAGGGCUAUAUCGCAGUAUUCAUCUGCUUUUGGUCCAGAGCCAUCCACCUCGAACUUGUCUCGGAUUACUCUUCAGAGGCCUUCAUCGCCGCUUUACGUCGCUUUGUCUCACGUCGAGGUCUCUGUACGGACAUAUAUAGCGACUGUGGAACGACCUUCAUCGGGGCUGACCGUACUUUACGUGAGCUCUUCGUCGCUGCAUCCACAGAGGGUCGUGGAAUCGCACGCGUAGCUGCUGAACACGGCAUACGGUGGCACUUCAAUCCACCAGCAGCUCCGCACUUCGGCGGAUUGUGGGAGGCAGCCGUCAAAUCCGCUAAGUAUCACUUACGGAGGGUGAUAGGUGAAACCACCCUCACCUUUGAGGAACUGACCACUCUCCUCACACAAAUUGAGGCCUGUUUAAAUUUCGUCCAUUACAGGCACUCUCUGACAAUCCACGAUGUUACAGCACUGACUCCGGGCCACUUCCUGAUCGACGCGCCGCUUCUCGCCAUCCCGGAGCCAGUACAGGAGGACAACCGUGGAUUCGCAGAAUCACGAUGGCAUCAUCUCCAGGCGAUGCGAGACCACUUUUGGCGGAGAUGGUCGGGAGAAUACAUCCAUGGACUCACCUCACGACCUAAAUGGCUGAAGGUCGAGACAACACCUCGCAUCGGAGCAUUCUGCCUUGUGCGCUCCGAGAUUUCGCCUCCAAACCGGUGGCCUCUCGCCCGGAUCACAAAACUGCAUCCCGGCGACGACGGGAUCGUACGCGUGGUCACCGUUCGAACCGCGACCUCCGAGCUCCGGUAUACGCCAGGUGUUCUCGUGAACUCGGGCAGUGUGGCGCCAGGUGUUCGGAGCCGUUCCGGCAGCGUAGCGCCAGGAGUUGGUGACCAUUCCAGCGGCGUAGCGCUAAGUAUUGAUGGCCGUUCCGGCAUCGUGGCGCCAGGAGCUGGUGGUCGCUCCGGCGGCGUAGCGCCAGAGUUGGUGAUUGUUCCGGCAGUUUAA